GAUUUGGCGUGAACUGGCUUCUGAUAAUUUUGUUGUUGAGUGAGUCCGGCGGUCCAGUUCCAGUUUGAGUUGUUCAAGGUGUAUUUAUUCGUGGCUUGCAUCUGAUAGUGCCUGCUGAUUUUGAGGACGCCAUGGCGUCAUCGUUUAGUGAUGAGCAGGCAGCUCCUUCGUCAGAAGGAUUCUUUUCCAAAUUCAUCAGAAGCAUCGCCCAGAGACAUCAAAAGUUUUUGGAUGACAUCACGCCGCACGUUACUCCACGAUGGGUUGUAUGCCUGCUGCUGCUUCUAAUAUUCAUGGCACGAAUCAUUCUGCUUCAGGGCUGGUACAUCAUUGCUUACGGCCUCGGUAUCUAUAUGCUCAAUCUCUUCAUUGCGUUCCUGACGCCGAAAAUCGACCCCGCGCUAGCGGAAGUGCAGGAGAAUGCUGACGGGCCUUCACUGCCAACAAAGGCCGAUGCGGAGUUCAAGCCGUUCAUUCGCCGCCUUCCCGAGUUCAAGUUCUGGCACGGCAUCACGUACGCGACCGUCUUGGCUCUCUUCAUGACCUGCUUUCAAAUGUUCAACAUUCCCGUCUUCUGGCCCGUUCUCGUCAUCUAUUUCAUCACUCUCUUCGUCAUGAUUAUGAAGAAGCAAAUACAGCAUAUGAUUCGCUAUCGGUACUUGCCAUUCUCCCAUGGUAAGCGGCGUUACGCUGGCAAGGAAGACACGGGCAAAGUUGUGACAAGCUGAGCACGCUGAGUGCACUCAGCCACGGGUAUGGGCUGCGUAAGCGGUGUUAUGUGCAACAAUAGUGCAUUGCGACAAUUGAUAGCAUCGCGCACAGCAACACUAGCAAAUUCCCGGUGCGUUGCGCAGGGCGUCAUUAUCCUUGAUCACCCACUGUUCAGUCAUCACCCUCUCUUGGUUGGUUGUAGUCAUGAAGCUGGAGUGACCUCACCACGUAGUGUGCCUUCAGCUCCUUGUCCUGAUUAUGGAUUCAUUUGUCCAGCUGCCAUGAGUUUGCAUGCUAUUUACCACCUGUUUUCAAUCAUUUUUAAAUGUGCUUACUUAUUCGAUGCUAUCACGACACGUCUGCAGCCGAUUACUUAGCCGUUGUUAUCUUUCGUUUUUUAUGCGCUGGUGUGUCGGUGUGUGUACAUGUGUUUGUAUGCAGGUGUGUGCCUGUGUGUAUGUUUGUCUGUGUGUCUGUGUGCCUGUGUCUGUGUGCACGAGUGUGCUUGUGCGCACGUGUGGAAAUAAAUAUCCUUCUGCAGAGUUCUGUAUAUUCCUGUACUCGAGCGUUUCGGUGUUGUUUGUGACUGUUUGUAGAUAUGUUGAGGACUGGAGCCCUGUGCUGCAAUCUCCCCGCUUUUGUUGUCGCUGCCCUAUGUGUAUUUUGUUAUUUUGACGCCUUUCUCGUUUUCCUCGUGGCUACAUUUGCAGUGAAGUAAACGUUUGAACCUGGUGGAAACUGG